AUGGCUUCCCGUGUCCUUGUCUCUGGUCUUCCCCAGUCUCUCCCUCCCCUUCCUUCGGGACCAGGACCUUCCUGUGUCCCCUGUAUCGAGGGGCGCCUCAGGGCUGCUCCUCACUCCUCCCAGUUUCCCCCGACAGAGGCUCCUCUGCAGACGCUUCACAUGGACGUGUGGGGCCCGGCCCCCGUCCGUGGGCAGGGUCACGAGCGCUACUUCCUGUUGGUGGUUGACGACUACUCGCGUUACACCUCAGUCUUCCCCUUGCGCAGCAAGGGUGCUGUCACUGAGGUGCUGAUCGACUGGAUCCGCGAGGCUCGUCUCCAGCUCAGGAGGAGCUUCGGCUCGGACUUUCCUGUUCUGCGUCUGCACUCUGACCGAGGUGGGGAGUUCUCCUCUCGCCUUCUGCGAGACUACUGUCGUGCACAGGGGAUCCGCCAGACCUUUACGCUUCCGGACUCUCCACAGCAAAAUGGGAUUGCUGAGCGCCGCAUUGGCAUGGUCAUGGAUGUCGCUCGUACGUCCAUGAUGCAUGCGGCUGCCCCCCAUUUUCUGUGGCCGUUUGCGGUUCGGUCGGCGAUGCGUCUGCGUUCCGUGUCUGGGGAUCUCGGGCGUUUGUCCGCGACUUGUCUGCGGACAAGCUGUCCCCCCCGUGCUGCUCCCUGUGUCUUCCUUGGCUUCCCCCCUGACGCUCCAGGGUGGCAGUUCUACCACCCCUCCUCUCGUCGUGUUCUGUCCUCCCAGGACGUCACGUUCGACGAGUCAGUCCCCUUCUACCGCCUCUUCCCCUACCGUACUCCUUCCCUCCCCCCCCCACCGGACUUCCUGGUGCCAGUUCCCCCCCCGGUAGACCCCCUCCCCCCUCAGGUUCCUGCCCCUUCAGGUGUGUCCCAGGUAGACACAGUCGAGCCAGUCGAGGUUGCUGCUGAGUCUGGUCCUGCUGCGGGUGCAGAGUCUGGGGGUGCUACGCCUGCGGGUGCUGAGCUUGGGGGUGCUGCUGCUGGGGGUGCUGAGCCUGGGGGUGCGAGGCCGGGGGGUGCUGAGCUUGGGGGUGCUGCUGCUGGGGGUGCUGAGCCGGGGGGUGCUACGUCAGGAGCUGCUGAGCCUUGGGGUGCUGAGCCUGGAGGUGCGGAGCCUGCGACUGCUGGGCGGGAGCCGCUCUCUCCACAGGAGCUGCGCGAGUGGUUUGCUCGCCGCUGGAGGCGUGCUGCUGGAGCUGGAGCUUCUUCGCCUGCUGAGGGUGCUGAGUCUGGAGCUGCUGAGCCUGGAGGUGCUGAGUCUGGAGCUGCUGAGCCUGGGGGUGCUACGUCUGGAGCUGCUGUGCCUGGGGGUGCUGAGUCUGGAGCUGCUGAGCCUGGGGUUUCUCCUGCUGCUGCGUCUCGCCGGGAGCCCCUCUCUCCACAGGAGCUGCGCGAGUGGUUUGCUCGCCGCUGGAGGAGUGCUGCUGGAGCUGGAGCUUCGUCGACCGUCGAGGGUGCUGGUGCUGCCGGUCCCGGAGCUGCUGGGCCUGCGGGUCCUACUGGAGCUGGAGCUGCUGAGGGUGUUGGUGCUGAGACUACUGCUGUCUGUCCUGGCGGUGGUUUUGCUGCUAGUGCUGCUGGAGGUCCUGCCGCUAGAGGUGUUGGUGGCGCUGGUGCUGUCGCUGAGGGUGCUGGUGCUGUCCCUGCUGAGUCUGGAGCUGCCGCGCGGCCUCGGCCGUACUUCGUUCCGCUCCUACAGCAGGUUCUUGGUCUUUCUCCUUCGGUAGAGUGUCCACAGCCUGUCCAGUCGCAGUCACUGUUGGAGCCUUCCUCUCCUCUGCCUGCUCCCUCUCCUUACACUGGUCCUACUGGAGGUCUUGCUGAGCGUCGUGAGCCUGCGUCUCGUCCCGCGUCGCCUGUUCGUGCUGCUCGCGCUAGUGGUCGCGGUUCGCGUCAGCGUCCUCCUCUUGUCCCUGGCACGCACCGGAUGUCUCUGCGUCCGUCCACUGCUCCUCUGCGUGCCCCUUUGCCUUCUCCUCCUGAGUCCUCUCUUCCUGCGCUUGCCGACUCUGAGUCGGACUCUCUUCGCGCUGCCAGUCCUACUGUCACGCGUCUGCUUGCUACUGUCGUCACUGACCCCUCUUUUGAGUCCACUGCUGCGUCUGCUCUAGUCGCUGAGCUCGUUGACUUUGCUGCUCGCUGUCGUCUCGACUACGCUGCUAGUCUUGUUGCUGAGUCUGCGUCUGUCUGUCCUCUGUCCGUCGGGGGUGAGUGUGCUCUUGGCACGGACGUCCCAGAGGACAGGCAGGAGGAGUUACAGUGUCUAGCGGCUGCUUCACCUCAUCUCGCGUCUGUACUGCUUGCCCCUGAGGGAGACCCGGAUGCACUAGACAUCCCGACUCCGCGUUCUUACGCGGAGGCCGUAGAGGGUCCCUACUCCUCUCAGUGGCAGGCAGCUAUGGAUGCAGAGAUGGCUUCCUGGAAGUCCACAGGCACCUACGUUGACGCGGUUCCCCCUCCUGGGGCGAACAUCGUCAGUGGCAUGUGGAUCUUCAGGGUGAAGCGGCCGCCGGGCUCUCCACCUGUCUUCAAGGCACGGUACGUUGCUCGUGGCUUCAGUCAGCGGCAGGGAGUUGACUACUUUCAGACCUUCUCUCCCACCCCGAAGAUGACUACUCUUCGGGUGCUGCUGCACAUAGCCGCUCAGCGCGACUACGAGCUUCACUCUCUCGACUUCAGCACUGCGUUCCUGCAGGGUAGCCUGCACGAGGAGAUCUGGCUGCGCCGUCCACCUGGCUUCACUGGGACUUUCCCUCCUGGCACCCAGUGGAGCCUCCGACGGCCAGUCUACGGUCUCCGCCAGGCACCGCGUGAGUGGCACGACACACUGAGGACUACGCUUGCGGCUCUUGGGUUUGCUCCUUCUACUGCUGACCCGUCGCUGUUUCUGCGCACCGACACUUCACUGCCACCGUUCUACAUCCUCGUGUACGUCGACGACUUGGUCUUUGCCACAGCGGACACUGCUGGACUCGCCUACGUGAAGUCCGAACUGCUGAAGAGACACACGUGCACAGACCUGGGUGAACUGCGCAGCUACCUUGGCUUGCAGAUCACUCGGGACAGAGCUCGCCGCACCAUUACCUUGACUCAGUCACACAUGGUGCAGCAGGUCCUUCAGCGCUUUGGCUUCACGUACUCCUCGCCUCAGGCCACUCCUCUGCCUACUCGCCACUCACUCUCAGCUCUGCCUUCGGAUGAGUCCGUAGAGUCGAGUGGUCCGUAUGCAGAGCUUGUUGGCUGCCUCAUGUACCUGAUGACCUGCACACGACCUGACCUUGCAUACCCUCUGAGCAUUGUUGCACGCUAUGUUGCUCCUGGGAGACACAGACCAGAGCACAUGGCUGCAGCGAAGAGGGUAUUGCGCUACUUGUGCAGUACGUCGGGCAUGGGGCUAGUGCUUGGAGGGCGGAGUCCAGUGGUCCUUACCGGCCACGCGGACGCUUCUUGGGCUGACGACCAGGCUACGCAGCGAUCGUCACAGGGUUACACCUUCAGCCUUGGUUCCGGCUCUGUCUCGUGGCGGUCUACUCGCUCGUCUUCGGUUCUCGGCUCCAGUUGUGAGGCUGAGAUCUACGCCGGGGCCAUGGCUGCACAGGAGCUUCGCUGGCUCACCUACCUGCUGACUGACCUUGGAGAGCCACCUCGUUCUCCUCCAGUGCUGUACGUAGACAACAAGGCCAUGCUGGCCUUGUGUCAAGAGCAGCGCUUGGAGCAUAGAACGAAGCACAUUGCUCUCCGCUACUUCCUUGCUCGUGAGCUGCAGCAGCGUGGUCAGUUGCGACUUGCGUACGUGGCCUCUGAGGCCAACACUGCUGAUGUGUUCACCAAGGCACUCGCGCCUUGUGACCAUCAGCGCUUUUGCACCCAGCUGGGUCUUGUGCCUGUCUUGCCUCACUUGCUCUCCUCGUGA